AUGUCCGAAAUUAUCACCGUUUUCGGCGCCACUGGCAAGCAGGGUGGCUCGGUGGUUCGGGCUAUUCUUAACAACCCACUCCUCUCUUCGAAAUUCAAGAUUCGCGCCGUUACUCGUGAUGACUCAAAGCUAGCAGCAAUAGAACUAGCCGCUCGCGGGGUGGAGGUAGUUAUGGCUAAUAUGUCCUCAUUCGAAUCUCUCGAAAAGGUUAUCCCCGGUGCUCACACCGUAUUUUUGGUAACAGACUUCUGGCAACGUAUGUCCGGUGCAGAGGAGGUAUUGCAAGGCAAGAACGUCACCGACGCCUGCAAGGCCGCUGGGUUUCAGCAUCUCAUCUUCUCGAGCUUGAUAAAUUCGGCUGAAGCCAGCAAGAAUGCCUUUUUGCAUGUCUAUCAUUUCGAUGGUAAGGCUGGGGUUGAACGAUACAUGCGUGAGUCUGACGUUCCGGCAACCUUUGUACUGGCGGGUACCUUUAUGAGCGAAACGCAUCACUUGAUCAACCGGAACGGCGAUAAUUACGUGGUUGCAUUGCCUGUGGAUGGUCUAUUUGUCAAGGCGGCCAUAAAAUAUCGAUCGUCGCUACUUGGCCAAAGAAUAUUUGCAUCGGCUGCAUAUUACACCCCUCAACAGAUCGUCGACGAUUUUUCGGCAGCGACUGGAAAGGCUGCGGCCUUCCUGCAAAUCCCCGAAGAUGUCUUCAAAGCAUUUCUUCCAGAGGCAAAAGCACAGGAGAUAUCUGAAACCGUCAUGCUAUUUGAGAGCGUGGGCUACUAUGCAGGAGCUGAUUUGUCAGGGAGUCUAAAGCUCCUAGAUAAAAACCAACGGAGUGGAAGGAGUACAUCCAUAAUAAUUUAG